AUGGGAGAUAAACCUAAAGGAGAAAUCUCAGCUCACUCUCUCCCAUUCAACCUCCUUGAUCAAGUCCUUGAUGGCAUUACUGCAAGAGAGGCUAUUGUCCACAUCUAUGGAAGGAGCUUUGGUGGAUUUGCAGCCAAACUCACUGAAAAUGAGCAUCAUAAAUUUGCAGAAAUGGACGGCAUAGUCUCAGUGUUCCCAAGUAGAACCCUCCAUCUUCAUACCACAAGAUCAUGGGAUUUUCUAGGCUUCCCAAGUGCCACCGAGCCCAACCUGACAUUAGAAAGCGAUGUUAUUAUUGGUAUGAUCGAUACCGGUGUUUGGCCAGAAUCCAAAUCUUUCAGCGAUAAAGGACUCGCCCGCCCACCUAAAAGAUGGAAGGGCACUUGCUACAAAUCCUUUCCAUGCAACAAUAAGAUCAUCGGAACAAGAGACUACAUAUCGAAUUUUACUGGUUAUAUCCCAGCAAUUGAUGUUGAUGGCCAUGGUAGUCACACUGCAUCAACAGCAGCCGGUCGCAGUGUAGCUAAUGUUAGCCUGUAUGGACUUGCUGAAGGCCAUGCUCGGGGAGGUGUGCCGGGUGCAAGGUUGGCUAUCUACAAAGCCUGCCAGUACGGAUUCUGUCGAGGAGCUAAUAUCUUAGCAGCCUUUGAUGAUGCCAUUGCUGACGGCGUUGAUAUCAUAUCUAUCUCUGUUGGAGACCAGUAUGAUGACUAUUUUGAGGACGUGAUAGCCAUUGGAUCAUUUCAUGCAAUGAAGAAUGGGAUCCUCACUGUUGCUUCAUCAGGGAAUGAUGGUCCAGGCCUUGGUACCUUAGCCAAUGUUGCUCCAUGGUUGAUAUCUGUAGCAGCAAGCAGCAUAGAUAGGCGCAUUGUUGACAAACUGGUGAUUGGUGAGAAUAGAACCAUUGAGGGAGUCUCUGUCAAUCCCUUCCCUUCACAAACCAAGUCUUUCCCUUUUGUAUAUGAUUCAAGCUAUGUCCCUGAUGACAUGAAUGAUGAUCUGUUAAAAGAGAGAGUUCUCUUGUGUGACGGGGAUUCAGGUGCAACCAGAGAAUUGGUUGACCUAGUUAAGGGAGCGGUAAUGAUUGAUGACAGUUAUCUCGAUUAUGGAUAUCAAUAUCCUCUUCCUGCACUUGAUGUUAGUAAUGUUGUCGGCAAGGAGCUUAAGAAAUACAUAAAUGAAACAAAGAAUCCAGUUGCUAAGAUACUUAAAAGCCAAGAAAUCUUUGACGCAAAUGCUCCCAUCGUUGUUAGUUUCUCUUCUAGAGGACCAAACACCAUUACACCAGACAUUCUUAAACCUGAUAUCAGUGCUCCAGGAGUGAAUAUCAUCGCGUCAUGGUCAUUGAGGGCAUCAGUCUCUGAUAAUGAAGCAGAUAAUCGCUCUGUGGUGUACAACAUACAAUCAGGCACUUCCAUGGCUUGUCCUCAUGUUUCUGCCGCUGCUGCCUAUGUCAAGUCCUUUCACCCCUUCUGGUCUCCUUCAGCUAUUAUGUCCGCUUUGAUUACUACCGCUACACCGAUGAAGGCAGAACACACCCCUGAGGCCGAGCUCGCUUAUGGAGCCGGACAACUCAAUCCAGUGAAAGCUCCGAAUCCAGGUUUAGUCUAUGAGGCCACCGAGGCAGAUUACGUUCAGAUGCUUUGCAACCAAGGCUACAAUGCAAAAAAUCUCCGGAUAAUAACCGGAAACAAUAGCACUUGUAAUUCCAGUCACAACAACAUUGGAACAGCAAGAGAUCUAAACUAUCCUUCUCUGGCUUUUAGUGCUGCAACAGGCAAGCCAGUGAGUGUGAAUUUCUCAAGAAUAGUUACUAAUGUUGGCACUAAGAAAUCCAUUUACAAAGCAGUAAUCACAUCCCAUUCCAGCUUGAAAAUCAAUGUAAAGCCUAGUGUUUUGCACUUUGAAUCUUUAAACCAAAAGCUGGAGUUCACUGUGGCUAUUUCAGGACCACCAAUGGGGUCUAAAUCAGUGGCUUCAGCUUCACUUGUUUGGUCUGAUGGCGAGUAUAGUGUCAAGAGCCCUAUUCUUGUCUAUACUCAGUUGGAAUGA